CCCUCCUGCACGCCAAGACUCCUUCCAUCCUCCAAGCCCAAAAGCCCUGCUCACAAACUUCCUCCUUGAUCAAACUGCUGGCAUUUUUCUGGUAUCUUCCUUACGGUACCAUUAAAAUACCUCCUCGCUUAAGCGGUACCUAUUUAUCUACUCACAGCUGUUUUCGAUCUGCUAGGUGGUCAGUGCGCUGGGCUGAAGGUCUGCUGCCGCUCACCCCUGACCCAGGUUUCGAACUGCCGACCUUUUGAUUGGCAAGAUUUAUUGCAGCUGGCAGUUAACCUGCUGUGCUGAAGCCCGACUUGCCUUUCUCUGUGUAAGACUGUAGGCUUUAUAUAGCAAUAUUAAAUGAUCACUCACAAGCCGGUUUUGCUUGGAAAUGAAUAUAUUGCUUGUAUCUCUGCAGCAAAGAAAGACACUACUGACUUUUCCCCACCACCACUUCCUUUUAGACACCUUUCCUGCCCACCUCCCCCUCUUCUCAGUUUCCUUAUUAGAGCUUGUUGCUUCACAAGUUCCAACACAAGGUUUCCAGCGCCCUCUGCUCACUACAAAAUGUCACAGAGAGAAAACUGAGGCAGCCAAGAGGAUUCAGUCAGGAGGUCACGGAGGGAAUUUGUGAUGUCUUCAUGCUGUCAGAAAUUGACUCCUGACACUGCCCGAUUAACUGAGGAACGCCCCUGCCUGGUUGUGCCCCAAACACGCAAAGCCCGCCUCGGCCCUGACGCCUUCUCCCUUCCGCCGCAGCUUGGACCCCUGGGGCUUCACGCAGUCGCAAGCCAUGCGCCUGGCCGUGGAGGAAAUCAACCGCUCCUCCCGCCUGCUGCCCAAUGUCUCCUUGGGCUACCACAUCUGGGACAACCCCAAGGAUGUCCCCUUCCUCCGGGGGCUCUUCCGGCUGGCGCCCGGCCAACGGGGACGCCCUCCCUGCACGGUGGACUGGGCCCGGAAGGUGGUCGGCGUGGUGGGCCCCUACGAGUCCGCCCUGGCCCCGCUGGCCUCCCACAUCCUCGGCCUCUACGGCCUCCCGCAGGUCAGCUACAGCAUCAAGGACGAGAACUUUGACAACCGCGGCCGGCCGCCGCUGCUCUUCCGGACGGUGCCCAGCACAGCCCACCAGCUGGACGGCAUCGUUGCGCUGAUCCGGGCCUUCCGCUGGGAGUGGGUCUCGGCAGUGGGCAGCGGCACCAAGGCCACCCAGGAGUCAGUCCGGAUCCUGAUUGACAGGGCCGCCGCGCAGGGCAUCUGCGUCUCCUACCAGGGGCUCAUGCCCGGUGGGCCGGUCGCCACCUUCGACCAGUUAGAGAAGGUGGUGGAGAACAUCAAGAGGGCGGGAACCAAUGUCACCGUCAUCCUGGGCAGCGCCGCCGUUGCCCGGCAGUUCUUUCAGGUGGUCAUUGCUCUGCAGAUCACCGGCAAGGUCUGGGUGGCCACCGAGAGCUGGGUCUUGUCGGACGCGGUGGCCGCGCUGCAGGGCAUGGAGCGGGCGGGCACGUUCCUGGGGCUGACCAUCAGGCCCAUACGGCUGCCCCACGUCAAGCGCUUUGUGGAGGAGGCGCUCCGUGACGGCCCCCCAAAGGGCUCCUCCUGCCCCGCUUCCUGCCCCCCUUCCUGCCCGCCGCCCUCCCCGGACUCCUUGGCCAGCCUCCUGGGCUCCUCCCUCUGGGACUGGGCCUUCUACUCCUACACCGCCGCCUAUGCCUUGGCCCAUGCCCUCCACCUCCGCCUCGGGUGCAGCCGGGAAGACUGUCCUGCCGGUCAGGAGCCCCGGCCUUGGCAGCUGCUGGAGACCCUGCGGGAGGUGGACUUUCCGCUCCUGAACAACACCAUCAGGUUCAGCCCCCAGCAGGACCUUUUCCUGGGCUAUGACGUCAUAACCUGGUCCUGGAAGGACAACGGCGUGGACUACGUCAAGAUUGGCAGCUACACGGCUCGGAGCCUGGAUAUCAACCGGACCCGAAUCCAAUGGCCGGGUCCCGAGGGCCAGAUCCCAAUCUCCUCCUGCACCAGGGAGUGUCCCACCGGCCAAAGUCGGAGCAAGCGAAUGCUGGACGAAUGCCCGUGCCGCUGCGAGGACUGCGUGGAGGGCACCUUCCAGAACCAGACAAACUCCGCAGACUGCCUGCCCUGCCCCAACGGGACGUGGUCUCCUUCGCGCAGCACCCGCUGCUUCCCUCCCUCGGUUUCCUUCCUCCGGCUGAGCGACGGCAACGUGGUGGCCUUGCUGGCCGUGGCCUUGCUGGGCUUCCUGCUGCUGCUGGGCUGCCUCGUCGUCUUCGCCACGCACCGCCACACGCCUGUGGUGCGGGCCGCGGGCGGGGGGCUGGCCUUCGUGAUGCUGGCCGCUCUACUGGGCUCCUGCGCCACCACCCUCCUCUUUGUGGGGCGCCCCUCCGCCCAGGCCUGCCUCGUCCGGCAGCCCAUCUUCGCGCUCUGCUUCACGGCCUGCGUCUCCUGCCUGCUGGUGCGCUCCCUGCAAGUGGUGCUCAUCUUCAAGGCGGCGGGGCGGCUGCACCGGGCGCGGCAGUGCUGGCGGCGCUUCCGGGGCCCCUACUUGGCCGUGGGGCUGAGCUGCGGGGUGCAAGCCCUCCUCUGCGGCCUCUGGCUCAGCCUCUCUCCGCCGGCCCUGGUCCAGACGGCCCUGGGGCCCCGGGAGGUGUCCCUGCGCUGCUGGGAGGGGCCCUUCUUGGGGCUGGGGGCGGUGCUGGGCUACAUCACCCUCCUGGCGGGCGCCUGCUUCCUGCUGGCCUUCUGGGGCCGACACCUGCCCGAGAACUACUCCGAGGCCCGGCUACUGACCGCCAGCAUGCUGGUCUUCCUCAUGGGCUGGGGCUCCUUCCUGCUCACGUACGCCACCGCCGGGGGCCCGCGCACGGCCGCCCUGCAGAUGUUCACCGUCCAGACCAGCGUCUACGCCGUGCUCUGUGCCUUCUUCCUGCCCCGCUGCUACGUCAUCCUCUGCCGGCCGCAGCGCAACACCCUCGCCCACUUCCGCACCUGCAUCCAGGCCUACACCACCGCGGCCGCGGACCACGAGCCCACCCCACCGGGGCCACGAGGAGAGUGAGGCGCCUCCAGGCCUGACUUCCACAAUGUCAGGGCAUGCUAGGGUUGGAAGAGGUCCUCAAAGGACAUCCAGUCCACCUCCUUCUGACAUCGAGGACCCCCACCCAGUAACUGGUCUGCACUGCAGCGGGGAGUUCCGCAGUUCCUGGAAGCCAGAAAUUGGAAGAACUGAUGAAAUGUGACCCAACAGGCAGCUCCAACUAAGACUGCACUCAGCCUUCUCUUACUUUCC